GAACCAGGCAACGCAGUACACACGAGUCGGCUGUGGCCGGUUCUUUUAUUGAUAUUUUCACCUGGGUUUUGAUGAUUACCGUUGUAUUCCAGUUUAGAAUACUUUAGACUAAUCCCUGAUACAUCAUCUGUGGGAAUAAUUCUCUUGGAUCUUUGCCGAUCUUUGUUUCUUCUUUCAUAUUCAUUGGUCAUCAUUUUGUCUUCAGUUGUGGCAUCAUUCUAACACGAUUGCAGUUCUAGCCCCUAUAUUCAAUGAUAAUUUUACCAAUCAAUUUCGACCUAACAUGAGCACUGGAGUCAUCAGCUCAUACCAGGGAUCUCUUUGAUACAUUCAUCAAUGUCUUUGCUUGGAUGAAAAGUUAUUUCCCGGAAACGAUAUUAUGGCAAUCUGGUGAUAUCUGUAAGCUAGUCUGCCUUCAUCAAUACAUAUAGGCUUUAGUGCCUUGCGGGUUUACGAAAGGAAAUCAUCAGCAAGCUCUAAAUUCAGUAGUUUAUACUUGUUAUUUCGCCAAAACCGAGGAGUCUUCUGAAGAACUGUAUAUCACGAAGAUUUGGAGUGUCAAAUAAAUUCUCUUCAUAAUUGGGAAUAAUUUCACAUGAAUAUGAUAUGAUCUGCACUAGGCGAAUCUUCCCAUGUUCAUAUGAGAGCACAUACCAAUAUACCAGUACACGAUGAGAACUCUUAGUCAGCAUCAUCAGAUUUGAGAUAUAAUCUAUGAAUUUUCCGCCAAAUGUAGUUUGAACACAAACAAUCAUUUUGGCUGAUUUCCUCAAAAUCAUUUCCGUUUUGCUGCUAUGUUGAAUGGAGCCGCGUCUUUGUGACAAAUGUGAAAACAUUCUAGACGUUAAACAAUUACUUUGCAGCUAAAGAUCUACCUUCCUAAGGAAACGAAGUGUGAACUGUUGAGCCCAAGAAGAUGGAAGAUACUUGACCGACAUAAUCUGCUCCAGGCAAAACUGGGUCCAGAGCUUAUCAAGCGCAAUCUUAAUAUUUAUUAAUACCAAAGAUCAACCAUGUCUGCGUCCGUCGACUCCCAGGCGUACUACAAAAAUCGCCUUGACAAGUUCAAAUCCCGGUCGAACCGGAUCUUCAACCGGGCUCAGAACCUAAACCGAACAUUAGAUCGGCAGCUAGAAUCGUCAGUCAAGAGCCUGGCGACCAACCGUGACGUCAAUAUCCGUCGCGACCAGGAGAAGAUCUGGAUGGUGACGGGAGCUGGACUUCAUCCACCGAAAUAUUCAAGUGCCAAGGAAGAUGUGCCGUCGUAUCUUCAAAAGCAAGCGCAUGCGACGUUACCAACCCCUCAAGAACUCAGCUCGCUUUUACCAAACAAGAAGGCGAAGGAGAGGACACAAUCGGCGGGCAAUUAUAGGCAGCUCUCUAAGAGACGGUUAUCGUCGAUGAAAUCAAUGGAUUUGAACAUCAUCCAUUACCGCAAAUCAUUGGAAAGCAUGCGGGAAAGGGAAAUACUACCGCUCUAUGAGAUUAUCCAGGAGAACGAAGGUGGUGAUGACGUCGAUGGUAGUGGUGGUGAUGUGGGUGUUGGUGGUGUUGAGCAGAAGGAAGCAUCACCUAAUGGGUCGCUGUCUGUGAACACCCCAUACAUACGACCAAACACGGCGAUACCUUCAUCAUCAAGCAGUAGACCUAGUCAGCUGGAACGACCAAAGACAUCGAUACCUGACGCAGCUAGACGCAAGAGACGCGAGUCCGUUCCAAAUGCAACGGCCUUAAUGAUUGAACAAGCGCAGGAUCCGAAAAACAAAGUCCUAAGGACAAACUUUCUGGACAUGUACAAGACGCAAAUGGCAAAGCACCAGCGAAGAAUGUCUGCUAUCAAGGAUAAACGCUCGCCGAAGGCUACAGCAAUUACAGAAGACCCGAGUGAAAGACCUCGUACCGCUGGCCCGACGAUCGCAGAGGAGGACGAAGAGGACGAAAGAAGCCAAAGCACAGGGUUCAUGUCGGAUACGUCUGCUUCUAAUCGCCGGAAAAGUCUGCGGCAGAGGCUCAGGCGAACCAGCUUGGCCGCCGUUUCUGGCAUGAACACUUUGCAUAAAGAGGUCAAAAGCUUCCAAAGCUUCCGGAAGUUUAAGAAGGAGAGUCUGAACGUCCUGGAGAAUGAUAUCCCCAGCAUUGAUGACCUUGAAGAAGGAGAGUUGUUCGAUGAGAUGCGGAAGUGUAGGUACAUCCGAUGGGGCGAAGAUGAGGAGAUGGUCGAGAAGUUAAAUGAAGAUCAACCCCUCACCAAUCACUUAAAGAGGUUAUCUAUUGAUACUACGAAGAGACCGAAAAGAUUCCUUAAGAAACUGAAUGAACAACACGAGCCUGGAUCUUGAUUGACAUCGGGAUAUUAAAAAACUUAAUUGAAUAAUUUUACUUAUACUAAACAAUUCUUGCACCAGGGGCGGAUACAGGAUUUCAGAAUGGGGAGAGGACACAUGAUCUUUUUUUUUUAACAAAUGAAACACAAGAACGGGCGUAUUUCCAUCGACACCAAAAUAAUAAAAUAAUGGUUGAAGGCACGGAUGAGGGGCGCUAUAUACACCAAACUGACCAAAGGGUACUAUUUUUUUGUAAAAAGUUGGUUAUGCGGGCGAAUAUAUAGAUUUUUUGUGUUAGCGUUGUUGGCUGGUAAUUGGAACUUAGAUGGACGACGAUGUAUCAAGAGAAACCAUUUUCUAAAAAUUGUUUUAUCCUUUCCUUGACCAAAUUUGCUCUCAUGAACGGUCUGAAACUGCCCGGGGGGGGGGGGCAUUCAAAUAUAUUGCUGUACACACGCGUGACCAAGAAAUUUUCAAACACCCCCUAAACGAGUUUUUCUCUGUGUGCAAUAUAACCCCCUAAACAAGUUUUUCUCUGUGUGCAAUAUAACCCCCUAAACAAGUUUUUCGCGGGCUUUAUUUACACAUUUUUGCCCCUAAACAAGAUGUCGCCAAAGUGUGACCUCGGGGGAAAAAGCUUGGGAAAAAAAAACAUACCCUGAACACGUUUGGCUAGUCUUAAAAAAAAAAGCUUUGGGAAAAAACAAACCCUAAAUACGUUGUCCCCGCGAUUGACCAUUGACCAGUCUUUCAAAACCACCCUUUUUCUUGAAAAUCGGUGUUUUUGAUACCUCGAAUAGGGGGCAUGGGCUUGACUCACCCCCUCCCUCCCCGAGAUUGUCAAAAGCUUACCUAUACAAAUCUUCGUAAAAUGUGCACAGGAUCCUUUAAUAUUAUUUUAUUGGUAGGCUUCGACGUUUCGCUCCGUCGCUAUCAUGGUGUUUUAGAAUAGGCCUAUUCUACAUUAUCUCCUAAGGAGAUUGUCCCCCCCCCCCAUUCCUGUUGGUGGUAUUUUGAAAAGUACAGUCAGUUUCCUCAUAACUCUCCUCCUCAGUCCCCCAUAGUAGCAUACUAAGAACUAAGGGAUCUUGAACAGAUCAAUAACGUAGCCAAGUGGACAUGAUCUAACUCUUGAUGGCGCUAUGCAGAAAUUUAUCCAGAGAAUAAAAAGAAUGUAACGAAGAUAAAAAGUGAUUUUCUAUUCUUAUCUGAUUGUAAUUGCAUGUUAUGCUAAUCGUGAAUAAAAUUCAUAUUGAAUUGCA